GGGUAGGAGGGCUGGGGGGCUUCUGGGGGGCCCUUCCUUGGCCCCCUGCCAUGGGUGACCGCCCUGCCCAGCCCUGCCGGCCCGUGCCGAGGGUCCACGCCUUUGGAAAGGGGGAGCAGGCACUGCGGAGGGACCCCCGCACCCCCCCUGCCAUGCAGGGCUGGCUGCACAAGCAGGACAGCUCGGGGCUGCGGCUCUGGAAGCGCCGCUGGUUCGUACUGGUGGAUCUCUGCCUCUACUACUACCGGGACAGCAGCGAGCAGCAAGUGCGGGGCGGCCUCCCCCUGCCCGGCUACGAGAUCCGCGUCCUGCCCGCCGCCCCCCGCGCCCCCCGCGCCCCCCAGUUCCUCUUCACGGCUGAACACGCCGGGAUGCGAACGUACUGCCUGGGGGCCGAGAGCGCCGAGGAGCUGCACGCCUGGGUCUGUGCCCUGCGCCGGGGGGCAUCGGCCCUGCCCGGCUCGGCCCUCUCGCUCUCCCAGCAGGCGCUGCAGGAACCCCGGGGUGCGGAUCCUCCCUCUGCCCCACUGCCCACGCACUCCCCGGGUGAGGGGCCCGUGCCCCCUCCUUGCUGCCCCCCAGUCCCUCCACUGCCCCACAGCGAGGUGCCCCAAGCCCAGGAGGAGCCCCCGGCGCGGGAAUGUCCCCCCAGGGCUGGGGACACGCCGGGGGGGCCGCGGGGACACCCCCAGCCCGAGCCCGCAGCGCGGAGUCCGAGGAAGCCCCGCCCUCCUGGAGCAGCUCCGCCGGAGCGAGACAUCGGGACCAGUCAGCCACCGGCCUCUCCAACCGCCUCUUCUGAUUGGCUGCCGAGCGCCGCCGGGCUUGAGGGCACCGCCCCCGCUCCGGCAUCCAAUGAGGCGUCGCGGCGGCGGCGGGAGGGGCGGGGACCCCUGAAACCCCCGCCCUGA